AGCCAACCCUUCAGAGGAGGCGGCCCCGGCCACGGGGGAGCUGCUGGCUGCCGGGGCUGCAUUCAGUGCCGCUCCGGGUUCUGGACAGGGAAACACCGAGCGAAGGAGCAGCCCAGCCGGGAACCGCCGGUGGCCCACUCCGUCCCUGGGGCCGUCAAUGGCCCUGAUUCAGAGCGCGGUGCAGCUCCGACCACGUCGUACUCGGCAGCCUCCCUCUGAGCGGCGUGAGUGAAUGAGGAGGGAGCGAUGGGCAACACAGCGCACAAGAGCUUGGCAGAUACCAGUCAUCAAGCUCGUCCCGUAUCCCACAGGCCUUAUUACACCUUGCCCAACGGUAACCAUGAGAGACGAUCUGUCCUCACCAUUACUGAGCCUCCACGAUUCCACUUCCAGGCCAAAGGAAAAAACAUCCGCCUGGAUACCCAUUCUCGGAAGGCCAUCCGAAGGAACAGUUUCUGCAAUGGCAUCACUUUCACUAACCGUCCUAUUCACCUCUAUGAGAAAGUGCGCCUGAAGCUGGUAUCUGUGCACCAUGGCUGGAGUGGGGCGUUGCGUUUUGGCUUCACAAUUCACGAUCCAUCACAGAUGAAUGCCGGUGACAUUCCAAAAUAUGCCUGUCCAGAUCUGGUGACCAGACCAGGCUUCUGGGCUAAAGCUCUGCCAGAGAGGUUUGCACUAAGAGACAAUGUCCUGGCAUUCUGGGUUGAUCGCCAAGGGAGAGUUUUCUAUAGCAUUAACGAUGAAGAGCCAAUUCUGUUUCACUGUGGCGUCAAAGUCUCUGGUCCUCUCUGGGCACUGAUAGAUGUCUAUGGAAUCACUCAUGAAGUGCAAAUACUAGAUAGCAUGUUUGCUGAGACCAUGACCUCCACCCGUCUGAGCAACGCACGACUCAGCACUUGCCUUCCUCAAAGCAACCACGAUUCGGCCAAUUUUAACAACAAUGAGCUGGAGAACAAUCAAGUGGUUGCCAAAAUUGCAAAUCUGAAUUUGAGCCGUAUGCCUGGGCUGCCCACAGAUAAUCAUACAAUCCCCUGCUGCCCAAGCAGGAGGCAGCUUGGGCAAAUUGUGCCUGCUUUUCUAGACACAGAUCUUCAUUUCCACCCUACUCAUGGGCCUGAUAUUAACUUUUCUCAGGAUCGUAUGUCUGCCUGCACCAACUGGCAGGAAAGCAACAGGACCUUGGUGUUUUCUGACCGACCUUUGCACAUCGGUGAAAGCUUGUUUGUGGAAGUGGGACACCUGGGUUUGCCAUAUUAUGGGGCCCUCACGUUUGGUAUCACUUCCUGUGAUCCUGGUACUUUACGGACAAAUGAGCUCCCAGCAGACCCAGAUUUUCUUCUGGAUCGCAAGGAGUACUGGGUGGUUUGCCGAGGUUUCCCUGUCCUCAACAGUGGUGACAUCCUCAACUUCGUGCUUUUGCCAAAUGGAGAAGUGCAUCAUGGAAUCAAUGGGAUGAGCCGUGGGAUGCUGAUGUGUGUUGAUACCUCACAAUCGCUGUGGGUUUUCUUCUCAGUCCAUGGUGUAAUCAAUCAGCUAAAAAUAUUAGGCACAGUACAAUCCAGCCCUGUGACCAUCUCCCCCUCAGGAUCCCCUGGAGGCUCACAAUAUGACAGCGAUUCGGAUAUGGCGUUCAGCGUGAACCGGUCUUCAUCAGCUUCUGAGUCGUCCCUUGUGACUGCUCCAAGUUCUCCUCUGAGUCCUCCAGUGUCUCCUGUGUUCUCACCUCCAGAGCCCUCAAGCAGCAAGAAUGGGGAAUGCACAGUUUGCUUUGACAACGAGGUGGAUGUGGUGAUCUAUACCUGUGGACACAUGUGCCUGUGCAACACCUGUGGUCUUAAACUGAAGAAACAGCUCAAUGCCUGCUGUCCAAUCUGCCGACGGGUCAUUAAAGACAUUAUCAAAAUCUACCGUCCUUAACCUCACCUCAGCCCACCCCUCAGGGCGUGAUUAAUGAGGAGCAGGAUGAAGAAUGUUAUUAGCGAUUGCCACACCUUACUGUCCCUGCUUUAUGGGUAUUGUGCUGGUCAGUGGUUGCUGAGUGACUCUUGUCUGUAUUUCCAUGUUUUGACCAGUAGAAACAAAUCAGGGAAAAUUAAGUGAACUGGGAAACACUCUGUCUUUGUAAGAGGCUGAAAGUAUACAGCUGCAGAGUGGGAAGAGUUUUGGAAAGAUGCUGCUCCGAUGGAUAAGGGUGGGGCCCCAGGGAAGAGGAGUCCUAAUACAAUUGCCGUGUUGAUUCCUAAAGAAAACCAAAAAGAUCUUGUGCAUUGUUUUCACUCAAAUAUGCAGCUGACCUAUCUUGAGGGGGAUAAAUGAGAAGUCACUAGACCAGUUAAACAUUUGGGAUUCUUUCCUGAUAUGUCUAGAAAUGCUAAAAAUUUGUUUGAUUUGUAAGCCAGUUCAAAUAGAGAAAAUGAGAGUAAAUUUUCAUUUAUUCUUACUGUGGAUUGCAGGAGUAACAGGUCACGAAUGUUCUGUUACCUAGUUUGCUAAUUUCAAAGUAUUUUUCAUAUUAUUCAUAAGUCAAGAUCAUGAAUAGAGAUGAUCUAAUUAAUCAAUUACUCCCAAUCAAAUGUGUAAGAGCAGUGAUAUUUUCAUAAAUCUAAAUUUAUUAGAUUUUAUUUUUGGUUUACAACAUGGACUACUCGGUUUUUUCUCCCAAAUAUAAGAAGUUGCGGCUCAGUUUAUGAAAUCAAGAACAAGGCAUCUUGGGAGAGUCUGGCACACACAGAGAGCUAUAAAGAUUCCCUCAGGAUUUUAUUUUUCACCUCUGUGUGACUUGAUACUGCCAGCCUUUCGAGUGAGCAAUUAACAAGUGCUUUCUGAUCUGGUGAGUGUGUGGAAAGCAGUAGGCCUCUGCAGGCAGAAGAAGCAGUACAGUGUCAAGUUGUUAGUUUGGUUUUGGCUUAGCAUGUCGUGUGAAUUCAGAUCACUGGAAUAAGCAACCAGUCCUGGCUUAUUAUAUGUGAUCCACCAGCUUAUGAUAGAGGCUGUGAAUAGUUAUUAGCCAGCAUCUGUAAGGUGUAAACACAUGAAGGUAUCUUUUUAAUUAAGUUGCAGACGAAAGUGGCUAACGGAUUAUUUAGAAUUUCAAGCUUCCAGUGUUUUCUUAUUUAUGAUUUAUAAAUACAGUUGAUUGAUAUCUUCCUUCAUUUCUCUCCAGAGAUUUUGUCAACAAAGUAUGUAGCAAUGUCCAUCUCACAUCUUCCGCUCCAGGAAGUUGUCUGCUGUUCCACAAUGGAGGCAUCUUACUGAAAUUGAAAAGCUUUUUUAUUUGGCACUGUUUGCGGGAAAAGGCAUUUUCAAGGCUAUUAUUAGACCUGUGCUUAAAAGAUAAAUUUGGUUAUAGUAUUAGUGCUGAAUAAUAUGUGAAGGAGAAUCAGAGAAUUGCUAAAUUAGACCCAGAUAUGGAUUCUUUUUUUCUAAGAGCGUGAUCUUGUACAGUGUUCUGGAGGGCUCCAAUGUUCAACAAUCUUUGAAAAUGUAAAUUUCCGAUGAACUAACUUGAGCAUAUUUAAUGUAGUGAUUAAAAUGCAGGUAGUCCUUGAUUUACAGCAAUUCAUUUAGUGACCAAAGUUACAAUGGCACUGAAAAUAGUCACUAAUGACCGUUUUUCACAUCUAUGACCGUUGCACCAUCUCCAUGGUCAAGUGAUCAAAAUUCAAAUGCUUGGCAACCAAUUCAUAUUUAUGAUGGUUGCAGUGGCCUGGAGUCUUGUGAUUACCUUUUGCGACCUUCUGAAAGGUAAAGUCAAUGGGGAAGCCAGAUUCACUUAACAACCAUGUUAAUAACUUAAUUCACUUAACAACUGUGGCAAGAAAGGUCGCAAAAUGAGGUAAAACUCACUUAACAAAUGUUUCACUUAGCAACUGGAAUUUUGGGCUUAAUUGUGGUUGUAAGUCAAGGACCACUUGUACAUUUGACCUUUCCCAGGUACCUCAGACAGGAAAUAGAUCAGACAAGCUAAUUCUACUUUAUUGAACCCUAUUGUAAGCUAAUUCUAUUUUAUUGCUACAUGAACAGAGAAGAAAACUGCAGGGAGUAAUUUAGGCAAUCACCAGGAGUCAAGACUGACUUGGAAGACAUCCCAGGUCCAGCUCCCUCCCCUAUUUUUUUUACUUCUCAAACAGUGAGGUCUGAGGUCAGCUUCUCCCUACCACUGAUUUUGGAGGCUCUAGCAAUUGUAGCCUAUCCAUUUAGUCAGCAAAAUGAGCUGACUAAACAUUAUAAUAGGAAUAUUAUUAUUCUGACCGUUGAAGGCCAUAAAGAAUGAUGAUAAUAAUAAUAAUAAUCGUGGAAUUGCCAGAUUUGAACUUUUGGAUAGAGCUUUAGCAUGAAUAUUUUAGCACUUUUGCUGUUGAUGAAUUGGUUUAAAUUUUUAAAAAAUGCCAGUGUAAUUCCAGGUUACAUUGCCCAUUUUUGACAGUAUGAUCUUGGAGUGAAAAACGUGAGGGCUUACACAUGGAUUGUAGUUUGCUCACUCCUGCCAUAGAAGCUGCAUUUAGACUUGGAGAGGAAGAAACUCAUCUCUUAUCAUCUUUAUCUCAUUGUAAGUUUAAAUGCUUGGUCAAGAGUAAUUUCACAAGUUAAGAUAAUUGUUUGCUAGAAGUGGUUUUGUGAACUGUAACUUUUUACUUGUGUAGAAAAUUUUCUGGCUCAAAGCAGCAGCAGCAGUUUCCUUGACUUUUUGCUACUUUUUCACUAUCGUUGAUUAGAGAGUUCUUUCUCAGAGAGUUUCUAAAUUAAUGUGAUCACAACUUCUACAGAUUGCUCCUGGGGAUGUGCAAAACAUUUGAAAUUCAAAACACUCUGUUUUGAUUGUGAAUUGGCUGAUCUGAACACUUUGGAAGUGUCAUGAGCUCAAAAUUCUUCCAAAAUAUUUGGAACGCUCGAGUUCCACACCAAGAGAGCUUGGUAGAUGGUGUAUUCAAACAAGGUCAGUAGGAGAUUAUCCAGAUCCAGAUUUUUUUGCAGAUCCCUAAUUGUUACUACAGACUUUUAGAAUUACAGUGCUAUUGUGUAGUUCUAGCAUGUCUCCCAGCAAUAGGAAGAAUAGUGAAUAUUACAUACUUCCUUUGUUUUUGCUGCUCUUAUGGGGUAGUCUCAGAAAUCAGACCUGGUCAAGGGGCUGGAGUAUAUUAACAGUACAAAACUCUACAUUGUGGCCGGUAUGAUAAAUCCAAGGAUGUUUUCCCCACUUGGGUGCUAUUUACAACCUCCAACACUGAUAUUCUCAGCAACACGUAGCCUCCUAGUAUCUCUUUUCAGAACUGUCACUUGAGUAUAUUUAAAUCAUCAGCCAUUUAAUAUAAAAUCUACCUGAGCAUUUGCCCUAAACCUUUGCACUGGAACUGAUUUAGCUAAGUGAACAUAUUUCCUCCUGGCUUGGCAAUUUAUACCUACAAUAACUGCAAAAAGCAAAAUCCUCGGUGCCAAGGCAGAAAAAGGGCCUUCUUUAUCUUAAAAAAGAUUUACCAAAUGAAGCAACAUCUGACAGAGAUUCAGAGGUAGUCAUAAGCUUAAAUAGAAACACAGUUCUGCUUACUGAAGUUUCAGAAGGAAGUCUCAAACGCUGACAUAACAUUUAGAAAGUGGAGGCUACUUAGCAAUUAGUUUUCGCUACUGCUUGUUCCCCCCCCCCUUUUUUUUUUUUUAUUUGUUCUGAAAAUCUGUUCGUGCCUUAUAAGGGUGUGUGUGCACUUUUUAUCCUUUUUAAUGCUACUUUAAAAUGGAGAGGGGGGAAAAAAAGAUCUUAACACAAAUGGCUGGUAGUUUUAUAGACUUGCCUGUGUUCACCAAUAAUUAUGCUUUUUGAUAUUGGAGUGACAAAUGUAUGUUUUCAUUGAAUUUUUGCUGGCACUCUCUUUCCCCUUUGUAUAAAAAGCUUUUAAAAAAAAGUUUCCAGAUUUCUAGAAUUUCUUGAUAUAUCUGUAGUACAUGAUGUGAGCUGUAUUUCACAUUUUCGAAUAAGCCAGAUUAAUCUGUAAUAAACUUUAAAAGCCAAUUAAUUGGGGAGGGAAGUUUGCACUUCUCUGUAUGUUAAUAUUCUCUAGUAUUGUGAUCUGUAGUGCGCGUGUGUAUAUAUUUUUUAUUAUUUUGGUCUGUUUUACAUGAAUAUAAAAUUUUACCUGUUUAUGAAACAAGAUGUUGGCUUGUAUAUCUUCUCUACAGCUUUAGGUACCCAGUAAUAGGAGGAGGUUAGGAUGGCAGAAGUCCAGAGCUUAGAAGCAGCUAGAAAAGACACUGAAAGCUGCUUGGGCCCCAGGGAUUUGAUAUAGUCUUUAAAAGUAUCACUACUAUCAUUAUCAGUGGUGGCAAAAUGAACAGCAGAAUUGAGCAACAGGGGUGUUAAUGGAAAAAUUGUGAUCCCUCUUCAGUCAAGCUGUCUUUCCCUUCUUAAGUUUAUUUUGAGGCUCUUUGUGAUUGUGACUAGCAAGAGGAGGCUUAAGGAACACACAGUGACGCAGGACAUUUUUCCAGCUAUCGCAAUGAUUCCACGGCACCCAUUGUAUUUCCCAGACCUUGGCCAUACAGUUCAUAUGCCUUUACAUUUAGAAAAUGUAAACUCCCUUGUGAUAUCAGAGGCUCUUUGUCCUACAUGUCCAUCCAAAGUAUAAAAGCUUAGCAGUUUAGACAGUUUUUUUUUUUUAAACUGCACUGAUCUCUGCCUUGAAAGAAUUCUACAUACAACCUGCCACACUAGACCUGGAAAAGAGAGGUUUCUGCAAAUAAGGAUACUGUAAAACCAUUUCAUCUUAUUUUAUGCCAAGGGUUGUGAUAAAAUAUUCAGCAUCUUAUACCAGCAGAGAGAGCUGAAUGGUUAUUUUGCAUCUGAUCAUAGCUUUCAAGUGAACUGUGGUUGCAGCUGUCCUUUGUUGAGGAUUAAGAUGCUGUUAACACACACAGAAGCAGACACAUCUUUUCACAAUCUUGGGUCAAUAAAGGCAAUCUUUUUGAUUGGAAUAACAUACUGGAAUAUGAUAGGAGCAUGUAGGAGCUUCUACAGUUAACUGUCCUAACCUGUAUCCUCUUGAGGAACUGGGCAUACUCCCUGUUCCUUUUUUAUUUUUUAAAAACUAUUUGUGCUGAAUUUUUUUCCACUAUAUGCUCCAUAUAUAUUCAAAAUAUACCCGUUUUGAAAAAAAAAAUUCUGCAAUGAUGUUAUUUCAUUUUCAAAGUUCCACUGUUUUUGUUCAUUUAACUACAGGUAGUUCUUGAUUUAAUGACCGAAAGCAAGCCCAAAAUGGUCAUUUCUAAGCAAGACAGUUGUUAAGUGAAUUUUACCCCGUUUUACACCUUUUCGUGCCACAAUUGUUAAGUGAGUCGCUGCAGUUGUUAAGGUUAGUAACAUGGUUGUUAAGUGAAUCUGGUUUCCCCAUUGACAUUGCUUGUCCGAGGGUCACAAAAUGUGAUCACAUGACCCUUGGACUCUGCAACGGUCAUAAAUACAAGUUAGUUGCCAGGCGGCUGAAUUUUGAUCACAUGACCUGUAUGAUGUUGCAACAGUGGUAAAUGUGAAAAAUGGUCAUGUCACUUUCAGUGCUGUUGUAAGUUUGAGCAGACAACAAAUGGUUGUAAGUCAAGGACUACCUCUAUAACAAAGGAAAUGUGGCUGGUAAACAAAAAACUGUUUUCUUUGAGUGGCUUCUAUCACUCUAAGAAUAUGUGAAUAGAUGUCAAGUUCAGCUUAAUUUUGUAGGAGUUAUGAUCUUUUGCUUCUCUGUGUUUGCCUCCCAAGGUCCCAGAUUUCCUUUAAAAUUAUAUAGUUCCAUCUCUAUUUUACUAUAAGUAGCUUGACAGCUGGUAACAGAGCCAGUUUGAUCUAGUGGUUAAGGCUCCAGGCUACAAACAGGAAGACAGUGAGUUUGAGUCCCACCUUCAGGAUGAAAGCCGAUUGGAUGACUAGUCACUCACUCUCAGCGCACAAUGUCAGACUUGAGCAAUAAGCUGGUUGGUCAGUGCCUUUCCCUACUAAUGGAUUAGCGCUCAGUUCAUUAGAAAAAAAAACGGACUUAAAAAAUGCUAGGAAGAAGCAACUUAAAAGCUAUUUUGGGUUUUUUGUUGACAGUGUUGUGUAACCUCCCUGAGACUUCCUCCUUAUUAUGGGCAGUAUAGACAAUUCCCAAGGUCUUUUACUGAACUGGUAUUUGUUUCAGUACCAGGCAGAGUCUCUUGGGUCUGCAUCUUUCCUUCUCAAACGAUCAGAGCCAUCUACUGCAAUUUUUGAAGGCACAAUACUCUGAACAAUAUCGUUGGGACUAAGCUACUACAAAACAAAAUAAAUUACAUGCCCCGGCAUCAUGUUUCAUUUUUGCUUGGUUACGGCAUAGAAGGAUACUCGCAGCCCAAAAAUAGGAACUGGAACCUGACACUCAGGCUUUUAACAAAUAUAAAGAGAUGGAAGCAACAGAAAUGCAACUAGCAUAGUUUCACCUGUUAAAAUGAAAGCUGUGUUUAUUACCCAGCAUCCAUAAGUAUUAAGCACCCUUUACCAAUGUCAUGCUACUAAUGCCAAUUCAUCUACUUUUAGAAAGAGCUAAAAAAAACUUUGAAAAAUCAGUCUGGGGAAUACCUGCUUCAGCUAAAAGUCUGUAGAGAUUCUCAGUCAUCCAGGUCAUGGUUGUCCCAAAGGUGCUUUUUGCUUGCUUUGAUUUUCUUUUGAAAAUGUUUCGCUUUUCAUCCAAGAAGCUUCUUCCCCACUAUCCUGUCUGAACUGAAAAAGGUUCUUGGAUGAGAAGCAAAAGAUCUGAACGUCCAAAAGGUACUUCUGGAAA